GUUAACCAAGCUGCUCCAGGUGUUAACCGUGCUGCUCCAGGUGUUAACCAAGCUGCUCUAGGUGUUAACCAAGCUGCUCCAGGUGUUAACCGUGCUGCUCUAGGUGUUAACCAAGCUGCUCUAGGUGUUAACCAAGCUGCUCUAGGUGUUAACCGUGCUGCUCUAGGUGUUAACCAAACUGCUCUAGGUGUUAACCAAGCUGCUCUAGGUGUUAACCGUGCUGCUCUAGGUGUUAACCAAGCUGCUCUAGGUGUUAACCGAGCUGCUCUAGGUGUUAACCAAGCUGCUCUAGGUGUUAACCGUGCUGCUCUAGGUGUUAACCAAGCUGCUCUAGGUGUUAACCGAGCUGCUCUAGGUGUUAACCAAGCUGCUCUAUGUGUUAACCAAGCUGCUCUAGGUGAAUUAACCAAGCUGCUCCAGGUGUUAACCAAGCUGCUCUAGGUGUUAACCAAGCUGCUCUAGGUGUUAACCAAGCUGCUCUAGGUGUUAACCGUGCUGCUCUAGGUGUUAACCAAGCUGCUCUAGGUGUUAACCGUGCUGCUCUAGGUGUUAACCAAGCUGCUCUAGGUGUUAACCAAGCUGCUCUAGGUGUUAACCAAGCUGCUCUAGGUGUUAACCAAGCUGCUCUAUGUGUUAACCAAACUGCUCUAGGUGUUAACCAAACUGCUCCA